GACCAAUGAAAGGUUGUCUUUCUAAGAGUUGUAAUUUCUGAAAUAAAUGGCGGGAUCAGAAAACUCUGUAUAUAUCGGCUAAGCGCAAAGUUGCCAACUAUAGAGUCUAGGUAUGUCUCAGGGCAAUGAUUUGGAGCAGCGCUUCGGCCACCUGCUCCAGCCAAUCAGAGACCUGACAAAGAACUGGGAUAUAGACAUUGCUGGAGAUUUGACCUCAUAUCUUGGUGAGAUAGACACAAUUAGAAUUACUUUUGAUGAUGGUUUGACAACAUUAAACUUUGCAGAGGCUGCACUUGUGAUUCAAGGUUCUGCAUGUGUUUACAGUAAAAAGGUUGAGUACCUGUAUAGUCUUGUCUACCAAGCUCUUGAUCUCUUAGCGAAUAAAAAGACUCAGAAACAAGGGCCAUCAGUGGAUGCUGACGGCAAAGAUGCUGAUGCUCCUCACACAAAGGAUGAUGAAGAUGAGGAGUUCCUGACACUUGAUGACAUUAAGGAACAUAAUAACAUUGAUAUGAAAAAUGACAUUGGGGAGCAUGAUGCUCAUGCAGUGCAUGUGGUGCCUAGAACUCCUAUGGCUUUAGUUCCCUUAGAAGAGGGGGAAAAGGGAGCAAAUCCAUUGCUUAGUCGGACAGGUGAAAUCCUAGGUAGUCGUAAUGACUUCAAAAUGAAUACAUGUAAUAUCCAUCCUACUGGUACGAUGCUGCUGGACAUGUCACAUCUGUCGUUCCUGGAUGACUCCUUCAAUCGUUUACCUACAUCAACACCUUUUACCAAACCCCCCAUUCCACCAGAGGUUCGUCAAGCAGAGGAAGCCAUGGAGGAUGAAGGAUUGGGCAUACCACAAGAUAUAAGCAUGGAUGAGGAUAAUGGCGGUAUGGAUCUGGGUCCCCCUGAUUUAGAAGAUGAGAACCCCAUAGCCCCUGUAGAGGAGGUAGUACAGAGACAAGAGAAGAAGAAAGUAGUCCCAGUCAAACCAUAUGUGAACCCAUGGCAAAUCUUGGACCCACAUCAAGUUACUAUAGAAGAAAAACCAUUUAAAAAAGGGAGACCAUUCAAGAUUCCACCCUCCCUGGAAACAGACACAACAAAGCGGAAACGAAAGAAAUCGCCACAGAAAAUGAAAGAGUUAGAACCCAUUGACCAGUUCAUAGAAAGAGAAUUUUAUGCUCAGAGAAGCAAGUUUCCGAAGAAUCCUCUGAAGCGGCCAACAUUUCCCGAGUUUGAAGAUUUAUACUGGGAUGAGUUCAAAAGGAGACAAGCAAUACUAAAACAGCACCGUAAAAAACUGGCUGCUCAAGAUCGCCUUGAGGAGUUAGCCGAGGCUGAGGAUAAAGAAAGAGAGGAUAAUGAAGGGGAAGAAGAUCAUGUUGCAGGCGAUGGUAAUUUUGGAGCCCCCUCUGAUGAUGGAGACGAUGACAUAGGAGCAUUGCUAGGAGACAUAACUGACCCUCAUGAGCGAGUGGAACCAUUAGAUCUGGGAGAGACAAUAGAGAGGUGUGGUCCAGUAGUACAGAGUUAUGAGGACUUAGUUAGGCACCAUGUGGAUGGUUUCUUGGCUAGUGCCCAGAUGUAUGCACAACACACUGAUCUGUCUAAGAGAGUCUCUGAGUGGGAAAAUAAUUUAUUACCAAAGCUACAAGAGGAGGAGGAACAUGGGCCAUACGACAUCCAUACAUACGGGUCAACAGUCAUCAACUCCUUCAGUGGCAAAGCUUCAAAAAUCCCAUUCAGAAAUAUGGUCAAAAAUAAAAAGUCAUACGAGAUUGCUAGGUUAUUCUUAGCUACUCUACAACUGGCGAACAAUAAUAAUGUUGAAGUAGGGGCGGAAGGAGAAGGAGACCAGGCUGUCGACACAAUGUUUGUAAAACUUAUCUCCACCAGGCGGCACUAUGAAGAGCUACAAGAAUACAGAGCGCCAUCUAUCAAAGAUUGAAUACUUUUAUUUCAUCAGGAUGAUU